UCCACAAGCCGCUGCAGCCAGCGCUUCCCACGUUAGGUCAUGUGACCACGAAGGAGCAUGUGACCCGUGACGUGAGAAUCCUCCCUGUAACAACUCCAUUCUAGCAGCUACAUUAUGGCUGGCGGUGGCGACCAGGGCUGCCAAGGGAGCAGUCAGGGCGAACGAGACCGCCAGUACUGCGAGCUGUGCGGCAAGAUGGAGGACUUGUUACGCUGCGGACGCUGUCGCAGUUCUUUUUACUGCAGUAAGGAGCACCAGCGGCAGGACUGGAAGAAGCACAAGCUGGUGUGUCAGGGAGCAGCCCCGGGCACUGAGGCAAAAGCUGCGGGGUCCAAGGAAGAUGCGCCUCAGGAGCAGACCGAGUCCACCCCGAAGGGGGCUGCCCCCAAGUGCCCACAUUCCAAGCAGCUGGAGGUGGUGGUCGGAGGGGAGACCCUGAGGGCCAUCAAUGAAGAAGACUAUACCCAGAAGUCUGGGGAGGCGUGUGCUGCUGGCAGGAGAGGAGAAGAGGGGCAGGAGAGACCCAACCGCCACAACAAGCCCCUCUUACAGAAGCUGGCCCUGGAGUACAUCAUCCCCUGCAUGAACAAGCAUGGCAUCUGCGUGCUGGACGACUUCUUAGGCCAGGAGAUUGGCGAGAGGAUAGUGGGGGAGGUGAAAGCCUUGCACAGUACGGGACGUUUUACUGACGGACAGCUAGUCAGCCAAAAGAGCGACUCCACCAAGAACAUCCGGGGGGACCAGAUCACCUGGGUGGAGGGCAAGGAGUCGGGAUGUAAGGCCAUCGGCCACCUGAUGAACAGCAUGGACGACCUGAUACGUCACUGUGGUACCAAGCUGGGCAACUUCAAGAUCAACGGGAGAACGAAGGCAAUGGUCGCUUGUUAUCCUGGAAAAGGAACAGGCUAUGUGCGACAUGUUGACAACCCAAAUGCAGAUGGAAGAUGUGUCACUUGCAUAUAUUAUUUGAAUAAGGACUGGGAUGCUAAGGCAAAUGGAGGUGUACUUAGAAUUUUUCCUGAAGGCAAAUCUCAGUUUGCAGACAUUGAACCCAAUUUUGACAGAUUGCUGUUUUUUUGGUCAGAUCGACGCAAUCCUCAUGAAGUUCAACCUGCAUUUGCUACAAGGUACGCAAUAACUGUCUGGUACUUUGACGCAAAUGAAAGAGCAAGAGCUAAAGAAAAGUAUCAAACAGGUGAAAAAUCGGUGAGGAUUGAUCUGAACAAAUCAUCGCAAGGGGUCAUGAAAGAAGUAUUUUGAAAACAAUGAACCUGCAGCACUUUUGGUCGCUUUAUGUAUACAGGAUAUACAAAGUGACACGAAAACAAUGUAUUGUCUGAGUUGCCUCAUAUGCAGCGGGAUCUCUCGCCGCAUUAUGUUGUGGAUGUACGUAAUGGUAAAGCUUGUGUAUGACGACUAUAUAUGAUGCACCAAUAAACUUAAAGUAACUACUGGUCUGCGCCAGUAUUGCCAACUAUACAUAAACUACACGUUCAUAACUCUGUAUUCUUGUAUUAAAUUCUAUAUUUUGUUUUUACUAAUUUGCAAUCAUGAAUUUGUUCUUUAAACCUAUUAGAAAUGAUCACUGUGCAAUGACUUUUCUUCACACUUGAAUAUGAAAGAACGGGUGGAGAAUUUACCCUUUAAAUGAAAUAUUUUCCAGAGAAUAUGUGUAAUUUAUUGAAAAGUUUUGGUAAAAUUUUUGAUAUGUCAUACAUAUCAAACAUUUUGAGCAGUGGGGGUCUGAGCAAUGAUACCCCCACUGAUGGCGAGAACAAGGAGAGAGAAGCACUUGUAAUUGUGCUCCCUCCUUGCUGCAGAAGUAGUCUAUAGAAGAUGUAUGGCUCUUCUCGAGUCAGUCCUCUGCAGUGAGGAGAGAGAGGGAUAUGUGAGCGCUUCUCUCUCUCCUCGUUCUAGUCAUCAUUGGGGGGUCUCAGCGCUCAUACCACUGAUCAAAACUUUUGAUGUUUUGACAUUUUACCAAAACAGAGACCCGGUAAAACAAAACUGUUUUAUAGACUAAGGGGGGUAUUGGUGUAUUAAUGUCAUAGACUUUUUGACGCUCACGCCACUUUUCCUGAGUGCUGAGAAAAGGGGGCAUGAUUGGGGCGGUCCGUCUCAUUGAUCAUUUUCCACGCCAGUUUUUGGUGUGAUAAAUGACUUAAAUCUACGCCAGCAAGGAAGCUGGCGUACAUUUUAAUAUGUCGCACGGCCUGCUGGACGAAGCCAAAGUUAUGUAGAGGUCUGCGCCUCCUCCAGCAGUGUCUUAAUAAAUGCCCCCCUAAAUUUUGUAUUGUCCGAUCCAUGUUACUCUCCUGCCAAUCUGGCAUCAGUCAUGGAGAGACGCAACUGCACACUGGUUGAUACGUUUGCUGAGGCAGCCAUACAGCACUCGUCAAGUGUUGUGCGCGGAUCCUGUUAAUUAGUAUAGGACCCAUGCACGACACGUUAAGGCCAUCGUACAGUUGUGUCUCAUCACGGCAAAUGUCAGAUCGGGUGGAGAGACCCUUAACUACAGGGCAAAUGCUGUAAAUAUUUACCGAAUACGCAUGGGCUAACUUAGACCUCAAAUGAUUUCAGAUCGCUAUAUAUACAUAGUCAUGUUCAAAAGUGUUGG